AAGCGUACUUCCUCUAUAAAUACCGAGUGAGCCUUCCAUACUUCACUCAACCUUGCCUUUACAAACUCCACAACCAUGAAUCCCUACUUAGAAAACAAUUUUCUUGUGCGGUUGAUGGAAGAAAUGGAAGAGGAAGAAGAAGAGUUGCAGUUGGCGAGGCACAUGGUCAAUAGGAGGCGACGUGCACGCAAUGAGCGUCGUCAUGGUGGUUCGAUUCCAGGGCGUGUUAGGAUUCAUCGUGAUCACAUGAGCGGCGAUGCAAGAAUCCGAGCGGACUACUUUGGAGCGAACCCGGUGUACACGGAUGCUCAAUUUCGUAGGAGGUUCCGCAUGCGUCGCCAUGUGUUUGAGCGGCUUGUUGAUGUUGUGCAACAAGUGGAUCCUUAUUUUAUUCAUCGUCCAAAUUGUGCAGGUGAGAUUGGUCUUUCUGCUCUACAGAAAGUUGUUGCUGCUGUUCGAAUCCUUGCUUACAGUAUUCCGGCUGAUGUCGUCGACGAAUACAAGAUAUCGCACGCCUUCUCCAAGUUGGCGAGUCACGUGGGUUUCCUGGUAGUUGCAACGACAUAA